UCGGAGGGGGCUGGGGGCGGCCAGUGCUGCGCGACUGCGGGCGUCGCCCCCCCCGGGAGCUGCCAUGAUCUACUGCAACCUGGAGGAGCUGCAGCGGGCAGGGGGCCAGGCUGAGCCCCCACUGCCGGCUGGGCCCCCCCUGCAGGUUUUGGGGACCUGGGAGCGUCACCUGGACCCCACCACUGGUCGCUGCUUCUUCUACAACCCCCAGACAGGCACGAGCUCCUGGAAACCCCCUCGGCGGCAGCGGGAGGCGGUAGUCAUGGAGGGCCUGCCCCCCUCUGCCGACACCCCCCGGACCAUGAGACACUGGAGCUUCAGGGGUGCUGGGGACCCCGGUGACACCGAGGUGCAGAAGGCCGGGCAGCUCAACAGGACCAAGAUCGCUGAGGGGGGCAGGAAGCUCAGGAAGAGCUGGGGGGUCUCCUGGGUGGUGCUGGCCGGGAACAGCCUCAUCUUCUACAAGGAACCCAAGGGGCUGGAACCCACUGCCUGGUGCCCUGCCACUAGCCGCCCUGAGAGCAGCGUGGACUUGCGGGGGGCUGUCCUGGAUUGGGCCCGUGACCUCUCCAGCAAGAAAAAUGUCAUUCACCUCCGCACUGUGACGGGUAACGAGUUCCUGCUGCAGUCGGACCAAGAGGCCACCAUCCAGGAGUGGGCUCGGGCCAUCUGUGGGGUCAUCCGCUGGCUGGACCUGGAGAACCCUGUGGACGCGCCCGUGGGGUGGCUGCGCCGGGGGGAUGUCGAGGACCUGGAGAAGCUCAGCAGGGACGAGGAUGAGGUGCCAUGGGUCACGGAGGGGGCUGGGGAUCCAGGGGCUGCCCGUGCCCCCGACCCCUCGGAGAAGAAGCGGGUGAAGAGCAAGCUGAGGCGCUUCAUCGUCAAGCGGCCCCCGCUCCAGAGCCUGCAGGAGAAGGGGCUCAUUCGAGACCAGGUGUUCGGGUGCCGCCUGGAUGCCCUGUGCCAGCGGGAGAGCACCACGGUGCCACGAUUCGUCCGGCUCUGCGUGGAGGCCAUCGAGGAGCGAGGCCUUGACGUCGACGGGAUCUACCGGGUCAACGGGAACCUGUCCGUGAUCCAGAAGCUGCGUUUCGCCGUGGACCGGGAGCGAGCUGUGACCUCGGACGGGCGCUACGUCUUCCCUGAGCGGCUGUGCCAAGAGGAGCGGCUUAGCCUGGCAGAGCCCGAGUGGAGCGAUGUCCACGUGCUGACCGGAGCCCUCAAGCUCUUCCUCCGGGAGCUGCCCGAGCCCCUGGUGCCGCACAGGCUCUUCCAGCCCUUCAUCGAAGCCAUCAAGCUGCCAGACCCCCAGGAGCAGGUGGAGAGGGUGGCUGAGCUGGUGCAGAGCCUGCCUGCCAACUAUGCCACCCUGCGCUACCUCCUGGCUCACCUCUGCCGGGUGAUGGAGCGGGGAGAUGUCAACCGCAUGACACGCCAGAACAUCGGCAUCGUGUUUGGGCCAACGCUGCUGCGGCCGGAGCGGGAGCCGGGCAGCCUGGCAGCGGGCAUGGCCCAGCAGAACCAGGCCGUGGAGCUGCUGCUGGCACACUUUGAGCGCAUCUUCCCCGCCCUCCCCUGAGCCUGGCCCCCCGCCCCCCAGCUCAGGUAGGGCUGCUCUGCCAGCCCUUGCCCCUUCCCACCCCCUCCCCCGG